UCACACUUUAUAUAGCUUGACCUGAUCUGAAUUCACUUAAUGCAAUCGCUUUCCAUGCAGAGCCACUCUUCUAAAACUGAUCGUCCGACGCUGAAAAUGAGAGCGCUGAUCAUCUUCCUCCUCCUGACCACAAGCUUCUUUCAAAUCUCACAAUCUGUGCAGGUUAUGGACAGUGGGUACAGUUUCUCCCUGGAGGCAGUGAAGACCCUGCAAAAGCUUAUGGAGACUGACAUGAGUACAAACCCGCAACAGACCUACGGCGACGCAGAGUCCCUUUGUGCUGACCCUGACCUGCGAGAGUUCAGGGUGCUGUGCGAAAAAGAUAAUGCAGACGAAGUCUUCCAGAGUCUGGUGAAAAUCGUCAGUCCUAUAGACCCCUGCGAGAUCUGCGCCAACGUGGCCUGCACUGGCUGUUAGAGCGGACACACUCCCAGCAUCCCAGAGUUCAUUUCUACAUCAGUGCCAUCAUACGUGUAUCUAGCUACAGAACAGAGGGUAAAACAUAACAGGGUAAAACACAUAUUACUCAUUUAAUUUUACACAACAAUGAGAGAAAUAUUUAUUUAAAUGUGUUUCAUAAAAUGUUUGGGUCACAUAGACCAGAUCUUGUUUUAAACAGAAACAGAAGUUGGUUUUGAAUGGAGAGUCUGCCACCUAGUGAAUCUAAAAACGAUUUAUAUUACAUAUACUUUAGAAAAUGUUACAUUUCUAUAUGUGCAAAAUCUGGGUUGUAGCUAGUAUCGCGGACCUUCUGACUAUAUAUUGUCCUUUUAGCCCUGAUGAAGGCCUGUGUGCUGAAACACGUUGGCAAAAUAAAAUCCUUUUUUUAAUUACAUCCUUUGUUUGUUCUGACCCCUUGACGUCAUUAGUGUUGCUGGUAUUGUCCCAAUAUAACUGUUUUUUCCACGCACCUUGUUGAUUCUGUGAAGUUGUAUCAGAACAAUCAAACAACCUUUUUAUAAAUUGUCCAGGGCCAUAAAAUUAAGAAAAUACUUUUUUGGUAUAAGAAUUAUGCAUAUAAAUAAAUCUUUGUUAUUGUUGUUUUCUCAAAUUUCUGAAUUUUUUAUUUACUGAUUUGUAAAAUAAAAUAAAAUAAAAUAAAAUAAAAUAAAAUAAAAUAAAAUAAAAUAAAAUAAAAUAAAAUAAAAUAAAAUAAAAUAAAAUAAAAUAAAAUAAAAUUAAAUUAAAUUAAAUUAAAUUAAAAAAUAAUUACCACUAGCUACAGCCCUGUGCAAAAGAGCAAUUUACUUAAAGCAUUUAUGUAUAAUGCAUUAAAAAGUGUUAUUAAAGAUUAUAAUGCAUUAUAAUUAUUCAUAAUGUGCGUUGUAAUACAUUACAGUAUAUCUUGUCGUAAAUAAAUAUAACCGAAUUUAAAAUGCAUAGUGCAACAAUGAAUUGAUAAGUGUUAUAAUGUAUUAACUGUGGUUACAAUUAUUAAUGAGAUGUACAAUGCAUUAUAAGGUGCAUUAGGCAUAAUUAAUAAUUAAAACUACUUUUAUGAUGCAUUAUACAUAAAGGCUUUGAGUAAAGUGUUACCAAAUAAUUUUCUGGAAAGUAUUUGGGAUUAAGUGGAAUAGUUGUUUAUUUAUGGUAUAUUAUAGCCCUUUGAAGUUAGCAUAUUUUAAAAUGACAGUCAUCUUUCAAAGCCAAGUGUCUAAAAUUGUAUCUGCUUUGUAAACAUUUUAACAGUUGCAACAAUGUUAAUAAAAGAAUAAUAAAAUAAUGAACAUUAAACUUUUAAUAA